CGCGGGCGCGCGAGGCCGGAAGCGACGCAGGCGGCUGCCAGGCGGUGGAAGCGCACCCGCUGAGGCGAUUCUCUCUCUCUCUGUCUCUCUCUCUCUCUCUGUCUUUUCUCGGCCCGGCUUCGCCCCGCCGCCGUCCCCGCUCCCCAAGCCAUGUCGGCGCCCGGAGGAGCCGGCGGAGAAUUCGGCAACCCGCUGCGAAAGUUCAAGCUGGUUUUCCUCGGCGAGCAAAGCGUUGGAAAGACCUCCUUAAUCACUAGAUUUAUGUAUGACAGUUUUGACAACACUUAUCAGGCCACCAUUGGAAUUGAUUUCCUUUCAAAGACUAUGUAUUUAGAAGACCGCACGGUCCGACUUCAGCUUUGGGACACAGCAGGCCAGGAACGGUUCCGUAGCCUCAUUCCCAGCUACAUACGUGACUCAACUAUUGCAGUGGUAGUCUAUGACAUUACAAAUCUGAAUUCCUUCCAGCAAACCUCCAAAUGGAUCGACGAUGUGCGAACAGAAAGAGGAAGUGAUGUCAUCAUUAUGCUGGUGGGCAAUAAAACUGACCUUGCAGAUAAAAGGCAGAUUACUACGGAAGAAGGUGAACAGAGAGCCAAAGAACUAAGCGUGAUGUUCAUUGAGACUAGUGCGAAGACGGGCUACAACGUGAAGCAGCUUUUCCGCCGUGUUGCUGCUGCGUUACCUGGGAUGGACAACGCUCCAGAGAAAAGCAAAGAUGACAUGAUUGACAUCAAAUUAGAGAAACCUCCUGAGCAGCCUGUGACGGAGAAUGGCUGUUCUUGUUAAAUGUUCUCCAGCGUGGCAGCCCCCCCUUCCCAGUUAGCCAGUUCAGUCUCUCACUGAAGAGCUCCACUUCUUACUGACUACCAAAACACGACUUUUCCAAGGGCCCGAGAAGGCCACUACUAGGCGAUUGGAGUCAUCCCGCCUCCUCUUCCUCCUCCCUCCCCACCCCCUCCUCCCGCGUCGUGUGGGCAGCCCCAGUCGCUCCCGUUUACUGCAUGGUGUGAACCCUCCAAUGCCUCUUGCCCUUCGUUGGUUGUUGCACUUUGGUGCUGCUGUGGCACUUUUUUUUUUUUUUUUGCUAGGUUUCCUUGCCGGGUUGUCCUAUGAAUGUGCAAGGGAGGAACUUUGUCCAUCUUUAAAAAACAAAACAAAAAACCCAAUAUUGAUAAACUUACCAUAAAGGAACUAAGGCAUUCUUCCUUUCUCCACCUCCCUCCUUUUUUCAAAACAACAAACAAAAUCCUUUCUACCGCUGCUUUUUAUUCACUUGCACAUUUGGGUAAGUCUUCACUGGUAGCAAGAAGAAACCUGUCCUGUUUUUCUUUCCUCACGGAUGGUGCUAAGGCAGAAAGGAACACCUCAGAGAGGGUUGACAUGACGUUCUCUCUCUCUCUUCCUAGAUUAUCUUCCGUAUCUUUUAUCCCAGGUGGACUGUUUUAUUUCUCCUCUCUCUCCCCCACCCCACCCCGGCAUCGUCUGUUGCUGGAUAUGUACAGAGAUGGUAGGCAGAAAUGGACCGAUUGGGUGAAGGGUUCUGAGUCCUUAUGUGGGAAACCUGGUUCCUGCAUAGUGCUGAGUUGCGAGUUUCCAAAAUGGAGGACGCAUAUUCUCCAGCAGUUUAUUCCACCCUGCUCUCUCCUCUUGAUAACUCUCCAUAAAAAUAAAAAAAUCUUGUUCUUCAUGAGUUCUGAAGUGGAGAGUAGCUGGAUUAAACAGAGACUUCUCUUAGGCUCAGACCAAUGCCAGGAGCUGCUAUUUUUAAAUAAUUCAUCACUCACGACUCAUUUGAAUUAUGCAAAGUGCUUUACAACUGCCUCCACUUUUUGCUUCGUUCCUUGGUUUGUCAUUUUGAAUUAUGUCUCUGCAUCAGUCUUCUCCAACCUAUAGAUGCGCCAAAGUACUCUUUCUAUAUUCCUAGUCACUAAGGCCCAGAAUUUGCAAACUUGGAACGUGUUAGGUUGGGGAGAGAUCCCAUAGAUUGCUGUAGAGUCUCACUAUUGGAAGGUCCUUUUUCUGAAUUCUGGGUCUUUAAUCCACUCCUUUAUUCUGGCCUUCAAAACAUAGAUAUCUAGUUAAACAUGGAGUUGUUCGUUUUUAUUUCGUGUACAGUGGAAGAAAUGCUAAUCCUUGUCAGAUGUCUGCUGGUUCUACAAAGAAUAUUGUACGUAUU